UUCGGGAGCGUGGGGACGGGGUCUGAGCCCUACCAUCUCCCCUCUGGGACUGGGACCUGGGACCCAAGGGCGCUUUCCUGGAGCUUCCCAGCACAGCCUCUAGAGCAUCUCGGCAAGAUGAAGACUCCCUACGAAGUGAUCCGCGAGGGCCAGCUGGAGAAGCGCAGCGGCAACUUCUUGCGCCUGUGGAAGAAGAAGCGCGGGCUGCUUACCCGCGACCGCCUGCGCCUCUUCUCCAGUCCCGGCGCGGACCCCAAGGAGCUGCGCUUCCAUUCCAUCCUGAGGAUCGACUCCGUGCAUCACACCUCGAACUACAUCUACUUCACCAUCGUCACCGACCGCCGCGAUUUCAACUUCCGCUGCACUGGCGAGAGCUCCUGGAAUUCGGCCAUCACCAUGGCUCUCAUCGACUUCCAGAACCGCCGUGCUCUGGCUGGCUUCCGCGGCCUGGGGCAGUACAACGACCCCCCGGAGCAAUCCGACUCCGACUACGAGGAGCCCGCACCUGGGACCGUCCGCAUGUACUGAGCUACCCCUAAGAUCUCCCUCCGUACCCGUCGGGCCAGGCAAACUUCAAGGCCACGUCGGAGAAGAACCCAGGAGUACCCGAGACAUGUAGCCCGGGUGGACCACCAACAAGCUGACCUCAAAACAA